CAGACUCAGCUAUUUUUAGAAAACGCAUCCCCUUCAUUUCAGAUCUGUUCCAACUUGUACCAACGUGCAUACAGGCUACAGCUCAUUCAUACAUAUAUAUGUUUGUACAUCGCAUUCAACGAGUGUAGUAUUUUGUAUAAAAAAUUUUGUAAUUAGUAAAUUAAAAUUUUGCAAAAAUGGAUUCAAGCCUAGCGAGCUAUCGAAAAGUUUGUAGUCGAGUAACUCUUCAGGAGAAGCGAGAGGGGUUUUUUUUCUCCUUGGUGGACACGCUGUCAGAAAAUGUUGACAUGGACCUAUUUGCCAAGUGCAGUACAGAUUUUGACCGUGCAAAAUAUGUGGCCAACGUGUCGUGGAAUUUCAUCGGAGCUCAGUUGAUCUAUCGAGGCAAGAAAUUGGAAGAAGCCGUCAAAAUGAGACAACAAGGAAACACAUUUUUUGAGAAGGGGGACCUUCCUAAAGCAUUAUUGUACUACUCCCAAAGCAUCGUCCAAGCCCCCGUUGGACCCGAACUGGUGUCCGUGUACACAAACAGAUCUGCCCUAUUCAGAAAAAUGGGCGAAUAUGAGCUGGCGAUUACGGAUGCUGAAUUAGCAAUAAGCUAUGGAGCUCCAGAAAACACAAGGCACAAGCUAUACGAGCGGAUGGCAUCCUGUUAUUUCGCCACGCAAAAUUAUCACAAAGCCAAAGUAAUUCUGAGAUUAGCCAAACACUUUUCUGAAAAGUAUGAAAAAGACGACGCCAAGUUUGCUCAAAAGCUGGAGAAACUUUCAAAAGCAAUUCAAUCAAAGGAAGCCCAUGAAAACGAAAAGUCGGAUAAAAAGGCAAUCAACAAAAACGAGGACAAGGAGAACGUUUCGUCACCAAAGUCGUUUAAACCAGGCAAGAAAUUCACCGCGGCUUCCAACAAAUUCGACGCAAAGUUCUCUCCAGGUCUUGGAAGGUACGGGUUUGCCAAGCAUGACAUUGCUGCUGGCGAAGAAGUGUUGCGAGAAAAGCCGUUUGCAUCCUGCCUCUCACCGGAUCGGAUGGGCACCUUUUGUCUUUAUUGUCUCCAACGUUUGAAAGCACCCAUUGCGUGUGACACUUGUGCCAAUGUGGCAUUUUGUUCACGGGAAUGCAAAAAGUUGGGAACGGUGUAUCACCAGUACGAAUGCCGAAUAAUGAGCAUGUUGAUUGGUUCCGGAAUGAGUAUCAAUGCCCAUUUGGCGCUACGAAUGAUUACACAGUCCUCAGUCGAGGACUUUAAAAAGAUUAUCCCACAAUUAGAGGUCAACCCGGAAUCCAUUCUGACCAAUGCUGAUGAUGGAACAUCGGACACUUCGUACUUGGGAAUAUACAACCUGGGCGGCUUAGAAGACCAAAGACCUCCAGAGGAAUUACUACAAAGAACAAUAAUGGCCGUAUUUCUCGUCAAAUGUCUUCGACUCGUGGGGUAUUUCCACGCAAACUUAUUUCAAAACCCAAACCCUUCAACGGACGAGUUUCACAUAGCCGCACUUAUUUUGAGAAACCUACAAGUUGUCCAAUUCAAUGCGUAUGAAGUAAGCGAAUUCCUGAUGCCUGAAAAGACAAAUUAUAAAAAGAGUAUCACUUCCAGCAUUGGUUUGGCAAUUUACCCCACAGCUUCGUACUUGAACCACUCAUGUUAUCCCGACGUUGCCAGAUAUUUCAUUGGUACUACAUUAGUUGCAACCGCAACUAAAAGUAUAGCAGCCAACCAACCCAUAUGUGACAACUAUGGACCUAAUUUUAUCAAAGUAUCUAGAGAUGACAGGCGUCUCAAAUUAAAUGGACGCUAUUGGUUCCACUGUUCAUGUGAAGCUUGCGUUAACAACUGGGAAACACUUGCAAAAUUGGGCGUGAAUGAACAACCAAAAACUGCCGAGCAGGAACAAGCUCUUGCAAAGUUACAAAAGAUGGAACCUAUUUUUGAGGAAGCGGUGAAAAUGAUGGAAUCGGGACAGCCGGAAGGUGCCCUCAAAUGUCUAAUAAACUAUGUCCAAGAAGCCGAAUGUAUUCUCUCCAGUCAUAAAGAUUCUUCCUUUUAUCCGUACAAAACCAUGGUGUUGGCGCAUCAAGCAAUGAAUCUUUGUUACUGCAGUUUGGGAACAGUGCAUUUGGCCCCCAAAGUGACCGAAGACAUUCACAAAUCUUGAGAUAACACGAUAUUCAACACGGCUCAACUUUUUCAUGCAUAUUGACAAUAUGAAAUCUGCAAAACAAUAAACUUAUUAACUUACGUAUCUGGUGCUUAA